CUCGUCAAAACUCGAUCACAAAAGCCUCUUAUCAAGCCCUAGGUAAUCUUUCGAUUUACAGAUGUCUGGUUUUGUCUUUGAUCUUCUCCUACUCCACUCGGCAUAGGGAUUCGUCUAAGCAUCUCUUUGUUGUUCUUCUUGGUUUUCUUUUUGGUUUAUUUACGCUUCUUGAUACUACGUAUUUAUAUAUAUAGAGAGAGAAAGUGAGCAGGGGUGUGAGCUAGAAAGAAGGGGAUAGAGAAAGGAAGAGGAAGUAAUGGCGCAUAGAGUUAUUAGAGAUUACGAGGCCGAUGGCUGGGAAAGAUCCGAUUUCCCCAUCAUCUGCGAGUCCUGUCUCGGCGACAAUCCUUACGUGCGAAUGACGAAAGCAGAUUAUGAUAAGGAGUGCAAGAUUUGCACUAGGCCAUUCACAGUUUUUAGGUGGAGACCAGGUCGUGAUGCAAGAUUUAAAAAAACUGAGGUUUGCCAGACAUGCAGCAAAUUGAAAAAUGUUUGUCAAGUAUGCCUUCUGGAUCUUGAAUAUGGUCUGCCAGUUCAAGUUCGAGAUACAGCUCUCAGCAUUAAUUCCAAUGACGCCAUUCCAAAGAGUGAUGUCAACAGAGAGUAUUUUGCGGAGGAGCAUGAUCGUAGGGCUAGAGCUGGUAUAGAUUAUGAAUCCUCGUAUGGAAAAGCACGACCAAAUGAUACUAUUUUGAAGCUCCAAAGGACAACACCAUACUAUAAAAGAAAUCGUGCCCAUAUUUGCAGCUUCUUUAUAAAGGGUGAAUGCACAAGAGGUGCUGAGUGCCCUUACAGGCAUGAGAUGCCUGUAACAGGGGAGUUGUCGCAGCAGAACAUAAAAGAUCGAUACUAUGGCAUCAAUGGAUCCUCAAAGAUGGGUGCCCUUGUGCCAUCCCAAGAUGGUGGAGAGAGCAAAUCUGGAUCUGACAAGCAGCCGCAAGGUCAGCAUUAUCCUCGUCAAGCUAUGCCACCGCCACCGCCACCACCACACGGGCCAUAUCCUAAUCAGGUUUAUCCCCCUUACGGAUAUAUGCCACCAGUUCCACCUUAUCAGCAGUAUCCUCCAUACCAUCAUCCACAACCAAUGCCUCAAGGUCCACCACCACCUAGCCAGCAGCACUAUCAGCAUUCUGGGCCACGGCCUGGGCCACCAGUCCAUACUCCUCAAGUAUCUACAGCAUCAAGUGCUGCACCUCCGGGGUCUGCACCGCCUGGAAUCCCUGGACCAGGGUCAUCACAUCAAUGAUUUUCCUCUGCUCAGAAACCUUCAUGCAAUUUCUAUUGAAAAUUUCUUUGCUUCUGUCACUGUAUGAAUUCAUCGCAGGUGAAUGGUGCAUUUUGACUUGCUGUAAAAUUUAUGCCUGCCAAUGGGCAUCGCUAUAAUUUACUUGAAAAGUAGGAAUUUCCCUAGCAGGAAAGUUUGAUGUCUUCGGAUAUGAUCUACUUUUAGUAGCCAUUCCAUUUGUAUGAUAAAUUGUAUGUUCCAUCUCUUCUUAUCUUGGACAAGAUCAUUUAGUCUUGGGAUUCAUAUA